CUGUUAUCCUUCCAUACAAGUCUUGUACCGAUUUGGCGACCCCGAAGCGAUGGAAAAUUUUUCGAAAUCUUUAAUAAAAAGACUUUUCAGUGCGUGAUUAUUCGUGACAUAAAGCCGAGGACUCCACAUCAUUUUCUUGCUGUCAGUAAAGCUCACAUCAACAAGCCAACAGACCUCACCGCUGCGGAUAUUCCUCUUCUAAUCGACAUGGAGAAGACAGGACGGGAAUUCCUUCGGGUCGAACUAAAAGCAAAAGGGGAAGCGGACACGAUUGAAGACAUGCUUCGAGUCGGAUUUCAUUGGCCGCCACUUAUCACUGAAAACCAUCUGCAUAUGCACAUCCUCUAUCCGAUCAAAGAACUUGGUUUCUUCUCGCGAAACCUUAUCUUUCGUCCAGGGAUGAUAUUCCGGCCAACAAGCGAAGUAAUUGAGGAACUAAAGAAGAGCGCCAAUGUUCCCGAUCCACUUAAAGGUAAUCCGGCGAAAAAUGACGAACAUAAUGUACUUCCAGCACACGCUGUUGCCAAUUGA